CCGGAGAAGGAGGCUGGUAGCCGGUGGUCGCUGGAGGGAGAAUCGAGUAAACGUGCGAGAGUAGAACGAAUCGACGAAGCUCGUUCGCAGGAAGGGAGAGAGGUCGACAGUCGAGGUUUAUCGAACGGAGCGUGUCCGUGGGAGCGAACGAGGCAAGAGUGAGGGACAGACAGAGAGGGAGCGAGAAAUGGCCCCCACCCACGGCCAGGAGGAAAUAGAGGGGCGCUAUAAAGAGUAUGCCUAUAGCCCUGUACCAGCGAGUUCCACUUCAGCGGUGUACGACUCAACCACCCUUGCGAAAUAUCCCGUCGACAUUGGUGCUGGCUCACCCAAAUAUCGUACCUACGGUGUCUACGAGAAGUGUCGCGUCGCAGAGAUGGCGGAGAAGGGCUCGACGCUGCUUCAGUACGUGGCCGCUGCCGCGGCGAACCUUUGUUGCGUGUCGGCCGGUGCUAUGUUGGGAUGGACCAGUUCCGUGAUACCUCUUUUAAAGAACGAUGAAGGUCUCGAAAGUGGGUACAAUCCUCUGGGUAAGAAGAUCAACAACGAGGAAGAUUCAUGGAUUUCCUCGUUGGUUUCCGUAGGAGCGAUAAUAGGAAGUUUCGUGGCUGGAUAUUUGGCUGAAAGAUUCGGUAGAAAGAUGACACUGUUGUCAGCCGUAGUGCCCUUCCUGAUCGGUUGGAUCUUAAUCGGAACAGCCAAAUACGUGAUCCAAUUGUGCGUGGCCCGAGUGGUCCUCGGUUUCGCCUUAGCGUUCGCCUUCACGGUCGUUCCCAUGUAUUGCGGUGAAAUCGCCGAGAUAUCCGUGAGAGGAGCUCUGGGAUCUUUUCUGCAGUUAUUCGUCACCAUCGGUCUCUUGUAUUCGUAUUCUAUCGGCCCGUACGUGUCUUAUCUGGUAUUCUGCAUACUCUGCGCCAUCGUACCUGUCGUGUUCGUCGGCUGUUUCAUCACAAUGCCCGAAUCACCGUAUCAAUUGCUCAAGAUCGGCAAAAAACAAGAGGCACUCGAGUCUUUGGCUAGAUUGCGAAGCAAGACCACCGCCAGCGUGCAAAAGGAAGCAGAUGAAAUGCAGGCUUCCAUCGAUGAAGCGUUCAAAAACGAGGCGAAAUUGUCGGACUUGUGGAAAGUGAAGGCAAACUUGAAAGCUUUGAUGUUUACGUGUCUUCUCGUCGCCUUCCAACAAGCCAGUGGUAUCAACGUGGUCCUUUUUAAUAUGGGAGCUAUCUUCGACGCUGCAAAAUCAUCGUUACCUAGCUCGUUGGCAACCAUAAUCGUCGGUACGGUUCAAGUAAUCACUUCCGGAAUCACGCCAUUGGUCGUCGACAGACUUGGUAGAAAAAUACUGCUUAUUUUCUCCGGCGUUGGCGAGGUCGUCUCCCUGGCCGCAUUGGGUAUCUACCUUUACCUGGAUUCCAAUGGAGCAAACGUGGACAGUAUAAGGUUUUUGCCUAUCGUGUCGUUGGUCAUUUUUAUCGCGACAUAUUGUGUAGGCUGGGGUCCUCUUCCAUGGACCGUGAUGGGCGAGAUGUUCGCAUCGAACGUGAAAUCCAAGGCCUCCGGGAUCACGGUGUCCAUAUGCUGGUUGGUCUCCUUCUUCAUCACCAAAUUCGCCAAUGACUUGCAAGAUACGUUUGGCAAUUACGUGCUCUUCUGGUUGUUCGCCGUGUUUUGUGUGGUUAGCGUAAUAUUCACGAUACUGGUAUUACCCGAGACGAAGGGAAAGAGCUUGCAACAGAUCCAGAACGAGUUGAAUGGAGUCCAUCAUUCCGAGAUAUCCGAGUUUGGCGACAUAAGCAAACAUUGAAAACAGUAUUACGAUUUCAGAUUUUGCGAGGACGAUUUUAUUCUUGGUCGCGUAAUCGUUUUUCCUCUUCCUAUUUCUAUUUCUACAUAUACAUAAACGCGUCUUUAUUACUGCCAAAGACCAUGGAUCGUGAUUCCAGAUGGAUCCUCUUCGCCUUGUGCGGUUAUGCGACGAGUUAGACACUCCGCAUAUUUCUUUUUUAUCGUUAGAGACGAGUUGAAUCGACAUCGUUCGCGAAUUUUUACGUAUACGAGUAUAUGUACGUGAUAAGACGUAAGAGAUGCGUUCGAUGUAACACGAUUGUUAUCGUUUGUUUUAAAAGCAAACGAGAGGAACGCGACAGAAUUGGGCGAGUAUCUAGUUUGAGUCUAUUAUACAGUCUGGUCUCAAGCAAUAAGUAUAAAUCGGACACGAGGGAUGUCGUUGAGGGAUCGAGUUAAAUUUCAAACACCGUUCUCUUUGUCAAAUAAGAUGUAACAACUAUCGAACGAUACUCGAUGAUUUUAUCGUCUGUCCCGUUUCUCACCCACGUACGCCCAACAAAACUUGCUUAACGUAUUUAUUUCCUGACAAACUUUAGCCGUUCAACGUACGUACGUAUCGUUUCCUUUUUACGUAAGAUUACAAGCGAUCCUCCGCAUCCCAAGUAUGAUAAUAUUUAAUAAUUUAAAAGAACGCCGUAUUAGAUAUGUGUAUAGUAUAUGUAUAUUUGAGUUCCAUUGCAUCGAUCAUGAAACAAUCGCACCAUGUAUAUUCAGUUUCCGAUCGAUUGUCUCUCGCGGUGAAUCCCGUCUAUUUGCGAAAAAGUCGUGAGAAAAAUUGCGAAAAAAAAAAAGGUUUUAAAUCAUUGUUCUUCAAUCUUGAUAGAAAAUCAUACGAUUCUAGAAAGAGAGACGAAUGCAAUUUGCACGCGGAAAUUCCACGAACAUGAUUUUUAUCCGAGGUGAGCGGUGCGCACGCUAGACAUUUUCUUAGACACACAGUCUAAGGAAAAAAAAAAAAAAAAAAAAAAAAAAAAAAAAAAAAAAAGAAAGAAAGAAAGAAAAAAAAAUCGUAAUUGGAAUUUUUCAAAUCAAAAUAUCAAAUUGUUGAUGCGAACUGUGAAGAUCUUUCUGUGAUCGAGAUGCGUUAAUCGCGUUUAGGGAGAUUAAUUAGAGACUAGUUAGAGUUAAUUUGAUCGAAAGAAUACAUUUUCAAUUUUGCUUGCGAUUGUUUCAAGAUUCGCAAAGAUUCGCGUCCCAUUUUGUUUCUUGUCGUUUUUUAUCUUCGUUUUAUAACGAUCACAAGUAGAUAGAUAUAUAAUUACAACGAUGUUAUGGAAAAUAUGCGGAAGUUUUUUGGAAUUAUUACUUCGUAUCUUUCUUAUCUUUUUCUUUUAAAAAAAAAAUGCAUAAUUCUCGUGGCCAAGAAACAAGAAGACGCGAGUCUCCGUAACGCUGUAAUUUCUUGAAAUUAUAGUAUUCCGCGAUUCGCUCGAAUCAUGACAUAAUUUUGACAUCCGUCAAAAAUCGGGGAUCGAGCGAAAUCGAUGGCGCGUUUUAAUUAUUGAUAUACACACUUUUUUUAUUUCCUUCUUUCUUUUCUCUAAUAUCGUAGAGAUUAUUCUUUCUAAGUAUUUCACUUCUUUCUUCAACGAGGUUUCCUUUCGAGCUAUUUCGCGAGGAUUCGUCAUGUUAGGUUUAAACGUCACUUUCUUAAGCAUAAUGUUCAUUAAUGUUAACCGUAAACGCGAAUUUCAUCGAUAGAGAGAACAAAUCGAUUCUACUUUAAUCACGCGUGUCCGUUUCAUUUGUUAUUUAAACGAACUGUUAUUUAAACCAACGAUUGUACUUAUUUCCAUCCCAAUUUAUCAUAGAUCGUAUCGGAUUAUUUUUUACGACUAGAAAACGAUGAAGAAUAUAAAUUUUCUUUGAAGUAAUAUUUUUUCGCGCGACACGCGUGUGUGUGCAACAUUUUUUUUUUUUUUUUCUCCUCUUAAUUAUUACUAACGACAAUUGUAUUUCGUUUGCAUUUACGCGAUAGCCUUAGAGAGAAUGUGCCAAAUGUACUGUAGUAACACGAUCGCCGUAUUUAACACGUUGAUUACCGAUUACGAGUAUACUCAUAGUAAAAUAUAUUUAAUUGGCAUGAUAAUUACGAUGAUAUAGGUAAUCAACGUGUUAACAUAUCCUAGAAGAUAGACAAAACACGAACAUCGAUGAAUUUGAAUCGAGUUGAAUUCUCACAGAUGUGAAGAAAAUUGAUUACGGCUAACACGAUACGUGUAUAGAAAAUGAAAAGGAAGAAAUAUUAAUAGCUAUUAAUGUGAUCUCUUGUAUGGACAAGGUAUCCGCGCGAACGAAACGUAGUUAUUUAUUGAAAUAUGCGAGAAGACGACGCAGAAAUAAGAAAAGGAAUAUGCUGAUCGUGUAUAAUAAUAAACGAUAAUCGGUCGUCGUUUGCAUAUUCAUCGUGAUAAAAACUCGAGUGCCUCAAUCAAAUUUUAAAUUAUCAAAAAAUUAUUAAAAUUGAACGAAACAUAUCGUCUACGAUAAAUUUGUUGAUAAAUACUAAAUCGUAGAUACCGGAUAGAAAUGAAUUCUUCUUCGCGCAAAUCUGUACGCAACGCCUAUUAUAUUUUUCGUUCGUGAAAACGGAGCUAUUUAGAUAUCGUAGAAUCAUUCCUAAUAUGUUCCUCUAUUUCUAAGAGCAAUAAGACUUUCCCCUAAGAUAUGCUUAAGACAAAACGAUUGUACGCGCGUAAAAAAAAAAAAAAAAAUGAUAAAUUAAAAAAAAAU